AUGGUUCGAUAUAGCACCGCCGCGGGCCUCUUAGCUCUCGUCUCAUCCGCUGGAGCUAUUCAGAGGCACCCGCUGCCCAUCAGCGAGCUGGCCAAACAAGUACGUGCGCACGGCGGCCUCAGCGCGAGGCAGCUCGAACUUCAGGCCCUGUACCCUGAGUACAAUCUCUCGACGCCGAUCGACCACUUCCACAACGAAUCGAAGUAUGAACCGCACUCCAACGGCACGUUUGAUCAGCGGUAUUGGUUCGAUGCUCAGUUCUACAAGCCCGGGGGUCCGGUAAUUGUCCUCGCUAGCGGGGAGACGAGCGGCGUCGGUCGCCUACCUUUCUUGCAGAAGGGCAUAGUGUACCAGCUUGCGAAGGCGACCGGGGGGCUAGGAGUCAUUCUGGAGCAUAGGUACUACGGAACAAGCAUUCCCGUGCCCGACUUCAGCACCGAGAGCCUGCGGUUCUUAACGACGGAUCAGGCCCUCGCCGACACGGCUUACUUCGCUCAGAAUGUCAAAUUCGCCGGCCUAGAGGAUGUGGACCUGAGCCCCAAAACUACUCCUUGGAUCGCGUACGGCGGGAGCUACGCGGGUUCUUUCGUAGCCUUUCUGCGGGUCUUGUAUCCGGAGGUGUUCUACGGUGCCAUCUCGUCUUCCGGAGUUCCCGAAGCGAUCUGGGAUUACUGGAAGUACUUUGAGGCUGCCGCCGUAUACGGGCCUCCGGCGUGCGUCGAAACGACGCAGAAGCUCACCCACGUCAUCGACAACAUCCUUAUCGGAAAGGCCGGUUCAGAUUACGUGGGAAAGCUCAAGACCGCCUUUGGCUUGCCUAACGUCACCUACGACGGCGACUUCGCCAGCGCCAUAAACGGGGGCAUCUAUGGGCUGCAGAGCCUGAACUGGGAUCCGUCCGUGAGCAGCAAUUCCUUCUUCCUCUACUGCGGAAACGUCUCUUCGGAUUCGGUGCUCUACCCCGCUACUGAGGCGCGGAGGGCAUCGGUCGAGGAACUCAUUACGGUCGGCGGCUACGGCGAUGAACUCGACGUUUUAGCGAAUCGGCUUCUGAACUACAUCGGCUACGUCAACCUCACCUCCGUUUCUCAAUGCAGAGGUUCGCAGGACGCUUGCUUCUCUACGAACGACCCGGAAUUCUACGCGCGGGAUGAUAUUCGACAGAGCUGGCGCCUGUGGCAAUAUCAGGUCUGCACGGAGUGGGGUUAUCUCCAGACCGGAAGCGGUGUUCCUGAGGAUCAGUUACCUUUGAUCUCCCGUACGAUCGAUGUCGAAUACUCGUCUAUCGUCUGCCGAGCUGCCUUCAACAUCACAGAGCCGGCCAACGUGGAACACAUCAAUAGGCUUGGCGGGUUCUACAUCAGCUACCCCAGGCUCGCAUUCAUCGAUGGCGAGUGGGAUCCUUGGCGGGCCGCUGGUGUUCACGCUCUUGGGCUACCCGACAGGCCGAACACCCUAAGCGAGCCUUUCAUCUUGAUCGAUGACGCGGUCCACCACUGGGAUGAGAACGGCGUCUUCCCCAACGAGACGACGCCCGACUUCCCGCCCCCACCUGUAGCGGACGCCCAGCAGCAGAUAGCGAGAUUCGUGAAGAAGUGGGUGCGAAAAUUCGCCGGUAAAUUCUAG